AUGUACGCGAUUUCAAAAAUACAUCAAGGAAUCGCUCUCAUCUAUGGGGCCCUUAUUGUAUCUCGAUUGCAGCCAGCAGUUGCUUUUUCGCCGCAGAAUGCCUGGAGCCGAAAGACAGUUCUCUCCAAGACGGCCUUGAAUCUACGAGUUGCAUAUCAAGGAGAGCCAGGUGCCUACUCGCAGAAAGCUACGAGAGAACUUCUCGGGGACCAGGUGGUAGCAAUCGGCCGACCAUCUUUUGAAUCAUGUUUCAAAGCCGUGGCAAAUAUGGAAGCUGACUUCGCGUGUCUUCCUGUGGAAAACUCUUUGGGAGGGAGUAUCCAUGAGAACUACGAUCUACUCUUCCGAUACGACCUGACCGUUUGUGCCGAGCAUGAUUUCCGCGUUGAACAUUGUGUUCUAGCCAUGGAAGGCGUCAAAGUAGAAGAUAUCAAAUUCGCGAUUUCCCACCCUCAAGCUCUUGCUCAAUGCGACAACUAUUUACGGGGUCUUGGAAUCACACCAGUUCCAGCAUAUGAUACGGCCGGUAGUGCCAAAAUGAUCUCGGAAGGAAAGCUUCCAGACCUGCCACUAGGAAUGACUCAAGAAAAUACGUGCGCGAUCGCUUCUGACCUUGCUGGCAGAGCCUACGGAAUGGUCUGCCUAAAAAAGGGCGCUGAGGACAAUGAUAGCAACUUUACCCGUUUCUUGCUUUUGGGACGAAAGGGAAUUGAUCAAUAUCUCACAAAGUCAACGCCUUCAAAGACUUCCGUUUUUUUUACUCUAUCCGACAAGCCAGGUGCACUUUACAAAGCAUUGGCCUGCUUCUCCUUGCGAGAUAUUGAUUUCUCCAAGAUUGAGAGUCGGCCCACUUCGGCGCUCUUGCUGAGGAUGCUCAAGUUUCAAAGAGAUAAAAGUGGAAAUUACAAUGACGACGCUUCCAUGCCCCGCUUUCGCUACUGCUUCUACUUGGACUUUUUGAGUAGUAUCAACGAUAACAACGCCAAGAACGCAUUGCUGCACUUAAAGGAACAGGUCGAUUAUUUUCGAGUCUUGGGUUCCUAUCCCACGAAUUCGGGCUUGGUUGGACCCAUUGCAGAUGCUGUUGAAGAGCUCAAGGGCCAACCCGAAGUGGACCUUUCCGAACUCAGUUUAGUCUCUUUGCCAAGUGAAACCAAUGAGCUUAAGCCAAUGAAUAUCGGAAUUGUUGGUUUUGGAUCCUUUGGCCAGUCCUUGGCCGCGGAAAUGAAAAAAUCACAUCGUGUGUCCUGCAUGGACCAAGUUGACAAGUCAAGUGAUGCCCGUCGCAUGGAAAUUGACUUUUACCACUCUUUUGAGCGUUCCAAAUUCCUGUCUGGCUUGGACAUAGUGAUUCUUGCUGUUCCCAUGACUUGCUUGGAGGAAUGCGUCAAGUCGCUGCCAUCUGAAGAGCUUCGGGGCAAGCUUGUUGUUAAUGUCUCCCCCCUGCUGCUGCCGGCAAAGAAGAUUUUGCUUGAUGCAUUGCAGGAUUUCCCCGACAUUGAUGUUGUUGUGUCCAAUCCCAUGUUUGGGGGUUCUAUUGAUCCCGAUACAGUAACGGCAGAUCUUUGGGAUGGUCGAACAAUGGUAUCUGAGUACGCGCGAGUUUCCAACGGUCCACGGUGCGACAGGUAUGAAAAGAUUUUCAAAAAUGCACGAUGCGAGUGUUACAAUAUGGAGUCGAAUUUCCACGAUGCAACAAUAGCCAAUUCCGAGUUUGUGACCCACUUGAUGGGCCGCUUGCUCAAUCGACAACUAUUGCCACCAGCUCUCAUUUCUUCCAAAGACUACAAAGCUUUAUCCGCAAUUGGAGAAGCGGCAGAGGGCGAUUCCUUUGACCGAUUUUUUAGCAUGUACAAGUACAACGACAAGGCAAAGGAUUAUUUGAAUAUAUUGCGAGAGAAUCUAGCUGAUAUCGAACGCCAGCUGGCUGCGAGAGAAGCAUAUCUUGAGGCCAAGGCCGAUAUGCGAAAAAUUGAUCGACAGCAAUUGUUGGCCGAAACUAGACUGUUACUGCAAGAGCUUGCACAAGGAGGGACUCUCAAUCUUCCCGAAGCUGGCAGCAGCAGUAAUGAUCAACAAUUUCCCGGUGAUGAUGGAGAGGCCUCCAGAAACUUGACUUUGGAUGUAAAAUGA